AUGCUGAUGGCAACGCAAUCUCCUACUACGAUGGUUUGCACCGCCAUGGUCAUGCUUUUCGUCGAUACUAUCGCGGUGUCGAUGAGAUUCAAAGCUAGGAGAAUGAAAUCUCAACCUUUCAAGGCUGAUGACUGGCUCUCGUUAUUAGCACUUGCCCUUGCCAUCGGACUCGAUGUUGUCCUCAUUCACGUGCUUUGGACCGCUGCAUACUUGCUGGCCUUCAUUUUUGCCUGUAGAGGAAAUUUCAAAGCAUGGUGGGGCGGUUACAUUUCACUGAUCACGAAUUGCGUGAAUAUGUUUGAACUACUUUACGGCUUUGCUAUAUCAGAUUUUGUAACGGACUUCAUCAUAUUGGUUCUACCAAUUUCAGCCAUCCUGAGUCUCCAUUUGCCAACAAAGUUGAAAAUUGGUGUAUUGGCAAUAUUCCUACUCGGCGCAAUUGCAACCGUCGCUUCAAUGAUCAGGAUGAUCUCGGUUAUCCGGCGCCGUCAAGCCAACUUUAACCCCUCUUUCGAUCAAAAUUUACCAUUGAGUAUUGUUGCUUGCUGUCUCCCGGUUCUAAAUAUCUUCCUUCGACACGAACCGAUUACAUCAUCCUUUCGGUCGUUUUGGACGAGAUUGUCUAAUCUCUCGAAAAGAAGCCAAAUUGACCAAACCGACAGUAGUUCAGGUCAUACUAAUGUUUAA